UGCUGGUGCAUCGCUACCUUUGAAGAACAGAAAGGAAAUGUUAAUUAGGUUAUGAGUGGAAUUCCAGAGUUGAUAAUAACUCAAUUAAAAUAAUACAGAUUACCAAUAAUAAUCGGUACGAGAUAAAAUAAAUAGGGAAAGUAAAUAUGUCACGAACUAAGUCCGACAAAAAUGGAAACACUACCUCAAAAUCUGAAGCCAGCGUUUGGACACGAGCUAUUACUGCAAAUUCCGAGUGGCCUGACAAGGAAGAGUUUCUCGAUGUCAUUUAUUGGUCGCGACAAGCAAUUGGCAUUAUAGUCGGAGUUGGAUGGGGAUUGAUUCCUUUAAAAGGAUUUAUAGCCCUAUUAUUGUUUUUCUUAGUUAAUGCUGGCGUAUUGUACGUCUACUUUAGUAAUUUUCAACAAGUCGAUGAAGAGGAAUACGGCGGUGCUUGGGAACUAACCAAAGAAGGAUUUAUGACAUCAUUUGCUGGCUUUUUGGUAACUUGGAUAAUAAUAUAUUCAGGACUCCACUUUGACUGACGUUAUUUGGUACAAAAAACUGCUGCUCAAGAACCUGCCAAACAAACAGUGAGACAUCAUAUAGUGUAAUAAUAAUCUGUACAAUGAAUAGAAAGGAAAGAACAGAUUCGUUAAAUUUAAACUAUUUGCUAUUUAUUAUUAUGAAAACGCUAAUAAUGGAGAUAGUAGUAAAGCAUUUUUUAAUAAACUCUCAGGUAAUUAAUUGAGAAAAUAAAUGAAGAAACGAAUAGGUGAGCCAUAAGUGAAUGAUGUAUAAGUAAUUGAUUAAGUACGUAAGGCAGUAUAAAUGUUAAAAACAACGGAACCCUUGUACAGCAAUAUUUCACGUAUUAUUAAUACGUGAAUACCUCAUCAUAAACACAUUUCACACAGUUUAUCAGAA